AUGGUUGCAUGCCUGAUCUGGGCGAAAGGCAAAUUGAAUGAAACUGAAGCUUUUGAAGGAAGUAACCAGCGAGAAGAUAGAUUAACUAAAGCACAAUGGGAGCGAAUGUGCCUUCUAUCGGAUCGCUAUCGAACGUGUUCGGACGAAGAUUGUAAAUACGAUAAUUUAUAUUUUGCUCAUCAGAGACAUCGACGAACACUCUGCUGA